AUGGACAAAAUAAACGGAGGAAGGAGCAUGCUUCACGUGGAGAUUGAAAAAGUAAAGCUGCGAGUAAGGGGAUAUGGAAAAGAUAACGGUGUGGAAUACAUUCCUGAUUCCAUUAGUGGUAUUGGUGUUGGACCAUAUGGGGCUGUACUUUAUGCAGGUUAUAAUAACAAUAUGAUUCAGAGUCCUGAUUUGAAAAGUAAAGCUGCGAGUAAUACGAUACAAUUUAUAGAUGAUUCAGAUAAUGAAGAUACUAUUGUUGUAGGAGAGGAUGCAAUUGUUUUGAAAGAGAAAUCUGCAAUUGAUAUAGUCCGUGGAACCAACAAAGUCGAUUUUGUUGAUUGUGAUGGUGCUGGAGAUGGAGAUGGAGAUGAAGAGAAUAAUUUGGCUGUGGUAGCUGCGGAUGACACAUCGUUUUCUCUUUCAGUAUUCAAUUUUACUGAUGGAUUGAAUAUAGGUAUUGGUUAUGAGUUUGAUAGUAAGGAAGCAGCUCAGGAAUAUAUACGGAAAGGAGCAGUUAAGGCUUGUUUCGGUUAUGCUACAGUAAAGUCUGAUAAGAAACUGUGGGAAUUAAGAUGCAAGUUUUAUAGAUCGGGUUGUGCUUGGAAAUUGCGCAUCGCAGCGAUUCAGAAUUCUGUGCGUUUUAGUGUAAGAUCACAUAAUCCCGUUCAUACUUGCAGACCAGUAUCCGAAUCAGAAAAAGCUGUGAAAGGUUCAGCAAAGUUGGUUAGAGAUUAUUUAAAGGAAGAAUACGCUGGUAAGCUUGAAACUCCCACAGCAAAAGAGAUAGUAGAACGAGUGCAAGUCAAGUACGGUGCGAGUGUAUCAUAUAUGAUGGCAUUGAGAGGAAAGUACAGUGCUGAAAAUGAGAUUCGUGGUAAUCAUGUUGAACAUUACAGUAGGCUUCCUGGUUGGUUGCACAUGUUGACGGAAAGAAAUCUUGGGACUAUAGCGAGCAUUAAGUUGGAAGAUGAUAAAAAAACUUUCAAAUAUCUCUUCAUCGCCUUGGGUGCAACUAUAAAAGAAUGGAACUAUAUGCGUAAAGUAGUUGCGAUUGAUGCAACAUUUCUGACGAGCCAAUAUAAGGGAGCAUUGAUCGUGGCAACUGCCCAAGAUGGUGAUCAUCACCAAUAUCCUUUAGCUUGGGGUGUGAUAGAUAGAGAGAAGGAUGCUUCAUGGUUGUGGUUUGUAACAAAAUUAAGCGAAGUAACACCGGAUGGUCCUGAUGUAGUUGUGCUAUCUGACCGACAUAAAACAGCCUACACGAUCAGUGAGUUUGAAGAGUUGUACAAUGAUCUAAAGAGCAGAUAUCCCAAAGUAGCCGAGUACAUGCAGAAAGAAGAACUUGCACCCGAGAAAUGGGCAAGGUGUAAAUUUAGGAGUGAAAGGUACAACUUGUUAACAACCAAUGGGGCCGAAUCGAUCAACUCCGUAUUGAAGAAGGCAAAAAAGUACCCAAUCCUUAGUCUACUUGAUAUUUGUCUCGGAAAGACGGUGGAAUGGUUUAACAGAUAUAGGUUGGAAGCAGGUAGUGCUGAUGAAUCUCAAAAGUUAACACCAAUUGUUUACAAAGAGUUGCAUGAACGUUAUGAGAAGGCAUGUACGUUUGAUGUUCAAGAACUGAAUCGUGUUACUGGCGAGUUUGAGGUGAGGGAUGAAAAAGGUAGAAGACACUUGGUUAAUCUUGGAGAAAGAACAUGCGGUUGCAGAAUGUUUGAUGUGGAUAGGUACCCUUGCAGUCAUGCAAUUGCAGCAACACAUAUGAUCGGAAAAGGCGAUAUGAUAUACGAUCUAUGUUCUGAAUACUAUAGGCGGGAUACAUGGCGUAUGGCUUACCAAGAGACUGUGUAUCCGGUUCCUGAUUAUUGUGAUUGGAAUCUGCCAUCGUUCGUUACAGAAAUGACAGUUUUACCCCCUAUAGUGGAAGAAAAACGGGUGAGUGGAAGGCCUAAACAGAACCGAUUUCCUGGACCUGGUGAGACUCGAAAAAGAAAAUCAUAUUCGGUAGGUUCGGUUAGUACGUCAACGAUGUUACAGACGUAUGAGUCAUGA